AUGGAGAAGAGUCGAGCUGUGCCUGGCAUGGCUCUGUCUGGUGAAGAGACUGACAUGGCCACAAAUGAAAUUAUUUUCGAUCCAGCAUUUAAAUCCAGUAGUUGUGAAGAGGAUAUUUUCCUUUCGACUCGAAAUAAGAGCAACAACAACAAAAUGGACACUUGCAUUUACAACAUGUAUGACGAGCCAAUCACUCCAAACAAGAGACAUGUCGUACAGGACGAUGACUUUUUUGCUGUUCCAAAGCAAGAAGAGCAAAGCAUUGAAAAGGAAGAUCACACAUCAAAGCCAUCGAGAAAUCGCUCAUCUUCUACACUUUCGAACACGUCCUCAUGCUCUAAUAUUUCAAAUGAUGGCAUGAGACCAACAGCAAUCAUUGAAUUUAUUAGAUGCAGCAGUACCCCUUCAAUGACCACAAUCGACACCACUUCCAUACCUAGAUCAGAAUCAUUUCCUACGAGUAUUAUGACUUCUGAAGAGGAUCCAUUCUCUUUUAAUCCCAACAACGUUUCUGGCUUACAAGGAGACGAUAUUUUUGAUCUUCCUGUGGGAAUUCCAUCUGAAUCAUCAGUAUUGAUGGACGAUGAGGGAAUUCAAAGUGACAGCAUUUUCGACUUUCCAAACUCUCCAUCCCAACGUUCAGUCAAAAGUAUUUCAGUAAGCUCACCUAUUAUGGCACAUGAGGACAAAAACACCACUCCCAAAAAAGCGUCUGAUACGACCAAGUCUAAAAAACCCAAGAAGGAUAAGAAAAAACACAUGGUGGGCAAUCUACUGUUAAACUUGACCGCUCAGAAUGAAGAGGAAAAGCCCACACUAGUCAAGGCAGAAAAAGAUGUCAGAGAAUCCGUUCGGAAUAUUGUUCAACCAAAAAUUACCGAGAGUGGAAGUUUCAUGCUUUCUGAUCGAUACAAGGCAAAUCAAGACGGAACCCAACGAAAUGAAAUUUCUCCAGAAAGUGCUCAACCCACUAUUGACUCUGCUCAAUCAUUUAUUAAUGCAUUUAAUAUUCUUUCACUGAAUUCAAACAAAGGACCUUUGAACCCAUUACCUCAUCGGCAAAAUCAGCCAUCAAAUAAUAGUGACCAAUCAGAAGCACAACGUCUUAGGCAAGCACUCUCUGGAAAUUCAUCAGUUGCUCCUCCAGCCAUGGCUACUGUGAAUAGUUUCAAAAUGUCAGUUAAUAGCGCAGUGCUCUCUACUAGCAAAGGUAUUAAGACUGAGAAGAAAAAGAGGACAUUGAAGAGAUUCAAUAAUGAAGAUUUCACA